UCGACUGAUGCUGGUUCGACUUUCACUCUCUGGACCAACAUGUGGAGCAGCAGGAAAACGGUUCUGGUGGUGGUUCGAUCCAGUUUCAGUGAAUUUAGGACAGAAAUGAUCAGGGUAGCGCUGCUCCGGACGCGAAGUAGCUGAGUUCUGAAGGCUCCACAGACGGAACGCAGCCACCGACCGAGCUCCACACGAUCUGGACAUGAAGACACACGUGUCCGCUGUCGGCUCCCUUCACUGUCCGCCUUCAGCGCUUCUCUCUCGGUGACUUUUAGCGGGUUAAUCGGUACAGAGAAAACACAAGUGUCCCGAUGUCACAGCGCCCAGAGGAGCUCGAGCCGACUGAGUCUCCACGGUUCUCAUGUUGUGUUUAAUGGCCGCCUCCUGAUCGAGAUUCUUUACACUCUGACUCUGGCAUCGUGAGGAGGAAGCUACUUUGACAAAAUGGCAGAAGAAGCUCCAGCUCCAGCCAAAGCCGCAAAAAAGAAGGCCACCAAACCCAAGAAGAGCGGCCCCAGCGUGGGCGAGCUGAUCGUUAAAGCCGUAUCCGAGUCCAAGGAGCGGUCCGGCGUGUCCAUUGUCGCCCUGAAGAAGGCUCUGGCUGCCGGAGGCUACGACGUAGAGAAGAACAAUUCUCGGGUCAAGAUCGCUAUCAAGAACCUGGUCAGUAAAGAAAUCCUGAUCCAGACCAAGGGAACCGGCGCGUCCGGCUCCUUUAAGAUCAACAAGAAGACCGACACCAAGCCCAAGAAGACAGCGGCCAAGAAGCCUGCUCCCGCAGCCAAGAAGCCCGCAGCCAAGAAACCCGCAGCCGCUAAGAAGCCCAAAGCAGCGGCAGCAAAGAAGCCGGCGGCCGCUAAGAAGUCCCCGAAGAAGGCGAAGAAGCCCGCAGCGGCCAAGAAGGCGGCCAAGAGCCCGAAGAAGACGGCAAAGAGCCCCAAGAAGGCAGCAAAAAGCCCCAAGAAGGUGGUGAAGAAGGCCGCUGCUGCCAAGAAGGCUCCGGCCAAGAAGGCAGCGAAGCCCAAAGCCAAGAAGACCGCGGCCAAGAAGAAGUGAGCGGCUCGGUCCACAACGGUUCUGACACAAAGGCUCUUUUCAGAGCCAACACUUCAACUGGAGAGCAAAUCCUGUUCAACAGCGGGAAGACGUAGUAAAGCAGAAGGUGUUGUGACUUUUACUGUAUUAAGUUUCACAACAUACAAGCACAUCCAUCAUCACAUCAUCCAAAAAUGGAAAAUCACAAUAAUAACAAUAAAAACAAAGGAAGCAGCAACACCGUCAUAAUUACUGGCCUACUACACACUUUAACUAUAGAGAGGGGAUUUAUUUCUGUCUUCUCCCUAUCUCUCUGUAUUCGCUCUUAUUGUCUUAUUGUUUGUUUUAGUACCGUGUUACUUCUUUUCUAAAGUUUCACUAUGAAGUAGCGAUGAUCCACUGAAAGAGUUCCAGAUGUUCUGAUGUGAUGUGAUGACGUGAUGUUGAGGAUCCUUUUGUGGAUCCUUUUGAGGAUCAUUUUGUGUACGAAAUGUCUGCCUAAUUUAAGUUACAGAAGUGAGGCUCUAGAUUACAACAGACAAACUGGACGAAGCCACAGGUUCCUACAUCAAGCAUUGGCCACUAGUUGUACAUGAUGAUAUAUCAGCAUACAUACAUUUGUCAUUUGGACGGAGACCCUUCUCUAUGUAAGAAGCAUGUUUUGUGAGGAGCUGUGAUGUCACAUUUACAAAGAAGGCAGCACAAACCAAGUAGGUCAGAUAACUGUGGGUGAAUCUGUACAGUAGAUUUGUGUCCUAGGAUCAGCAAUACAUCAUACUAAUCCUCCUCCUCCUCUUUCUAAGUUAUUUCUGAGGUAAAAGACCAAAGGAAGAGGUGCCAGGUGCUAUUGUUUUCU